UUUUUUUUUUUUCCUCACUUGUAUACAGUUUUUGUCUCCACAGGUCUAUGAAUGCGCUCAUUGCUCUGCUUCACUUUUGUGAAGUGCAUGGCCCUUGCGUUGUAUUCUGCACACAGGCCAUUCAUACAUCGAUGGCGACGGGACCCACCCAAGGUGAUCGCACGACGAUUAAUAUUCCGCAUGCUGAAUGCAAACCAUCGGAAGCGUUUCCGUCCGCCUCCUUUUCUUCUACCUUUUCGACUUCGACUGAACCCCUCACUCCGCCGAAUACUUCCACUUCUCCUCGUCUCCAGUCACCACCUUCCAUAUCUUCCCUACGUAAAGCCGCUUGUUCUCUUCCACCGAAAUCCAUCUCCAAUUUAUUAUCCACCCAAGCCGCUUGCUCCGCUUGUACCGCUCAGCUGCCGUUCUUACCCAGAGACACCGACGGAACACCGCAGGAAGUUAAAACACUCCUCACACGAGAUGAAGAGGAUCCAUCUGUACAAUACAUUGGGACCAAAAGCCCGCAACAACUUCAUCUGUAUAAAGCCGUUCGUCUUGCCUGUGUUCGAAGCUUGACGACUGAGUUCUGCCCAGGUCGCGAUGGGCCGGUGUUGUUCGGAGAUGACGAAAAUGGAUAUGUCAUGAGCUAUAUGUUUAAGUUGCGAGAUUCACAGGCUCGAGGUGAAGCCCGAUUUUAUUCAUUGAUGAUGCUCAUGACCGAUCGAGUGUAUCUCGUAUCAUGCUGGCCAUUUUUAAUGAGUGCUUUCCGAUCCAUGGCGAUUAAUUUACAAGAAAGAGCCGAUCAUGUUUUCCAAAAAGAAAAAGCCGCCAAAGAACGCCAACCAGCUUAUUACUCCAUCGUCAACAGUCGUCGCGUAGCCCCCAUUUCACAAGAUCAAUUUUUUCGACGUCGAAGCAAUACCUCUCUCCGAUCGCUGGUCGAUCUACUAGGCGUCAAAGAUAUUUAUGUUCAGGUUCACGUUCAGUUUAGUUACAUCCUCAGAUUAUCUGCACGAAGACGCAUGGAGAAGUUUACACCAGGAAGGACAGCCGGUCCACAAUAUCAAAAACUGCAAGAAGAAUACGAAGCGCGGAAGAAUCAGAGAAAGACGAAUCAAGACAACUCCGCAUGUCAUGUGUAAAUUUCCCGUGUUUCUUUUUUUCCUCUCUCGAUCACUGCGAUUCCCCCCCCCCAUGUUACAGCUUUUAUCCCAACACCA